AUGGCGCCCACCUACCGCAUUGCCAUGGUCUGCGACUUCUUCUUUCCCCAACCCGGCGGCAUCGAAUCGCACAUCUACCAGCUCUCCACCAAGCUCAUCGACCGCGGCCACAAAGUCAUCAUCAUCACGCACGCCUACGAAGGUCGAACGGGGGUUCGGUAUCUCACUAACGGCUUGAAAGUUUAUCAUGUACCGUUUCUCGUCAUCUACCGGAGCGCCACCUUUCCGACUGUGUUCUCGUUCUUUCCCGUAUUCCGGAAUAUCGUGCUGAGGGAACGGAUCGAUAUCGUGCAUGGUCAUGCUUCUUUGUCGAGUCUGUGUCAUGAAGCAAUUUUGCACGCCAGGACAAUGGGACUAAGGACCGUGUUUACGGAUCACAGUCUAUUUGGGUUUGCGGAUGCGGCGAGUAUUCUUACCAACAAGCUGCUCAAGUUUGCUUUGAGCGACGUGGACCAUGUCAUCUGUGUUUCUCAUACUUGCAAAGAAAACACGGUCCUCCGCGCCUCCCUCGACCCCCUCAUGGUCUCAGUAAUCCCCAACGCCGUCGUCGCCGACAACUUCUGUCCACUAGGCUACCCAACCACCACCUCCACCCCUCCCUCCUCCAUCUCCUCCCCGAUCCCCGGCCUGCCCCCCAACCCAUCCUCCUCCCUUUCCUCCUCCCUAACCCCCCCGCGCCGCAUCCUGGGUCCUCACGACCCCAUCACCAUCGUCGUCAUCUCCCGCCUCUUCUACAACAAAGGCACCGACCUUCUCACAGCCGCCAUCCCCCGCAUCCUCGCCGCCCACCCCAACACGCGCUUCAUCAUCGCCGGCUCCGGUCCCAAAUCCAUCGACCUCGAACAAAUGAUUGAGCAAAACGUACUCCAAGACCGCGUCGAAAUGCUCGGUCCCAUCCGCCACUCCGAAGUCCGCGACGUCAUGGUGCGCGGGCACAUCUACCUACACCCUUCACUAACCGAAGCCUUCGGCACCGUCAUCGUCGAAGCCGCCUCGUGCGGCCUUUAUGUAGUCUGCACCCAAGUCGGCGGCAUCCCCGAAGUCUUACCAGGGCACAUGACGGUAUUUGCCAAACCCGAAGAAGACGACCUCGUCGCCGCCACGGGGAAAGCCAUCGCCGCACUAAGGCGGAACGAAGUGCGCACCGAGCUGUUUCAUGAACAGGUCAAAAACAUGUACAGCUGGACCAACGUAGCGGAACGCACCGAGAGGGUGUAUAAUGGGAUAUCGGGCGCCAUUAGCGAAGCAGAGUUCUACGGAUAUGAUCACCUGAAAGACCACCGGAAUGGGAGUAAUGGGUCGUGGACGGCGGUCACGGCCACCAGGGGGAUGAGGAGCGGGGUGCAGAGUUUUGCCCUGAUUGAUCGGCUCAAGAGGUACUAUGGCUGUGGAGUCUGGGCGGGCAAACUGUUUUGCGUCUGUGUGAUUAUCGAUUACUUGAUCUUCUUGUUUUUGGAACUGGUCUUUCCAAGGGAAAGCAUCGAUAUCUGCCCAGACUGGCCGAGGAAGAAGAAGGUGGUGGAUACAAGGAGGGAAGGGGGUGGGUUGGAGUGGGGCGAUGUCGAGGAGUAUCGAAGACGGUCGAGGCCAUCGAGGUUGAGGUGAGCAUGGGAAGGAUGGGCGACUGUGGGGUUGUUGCUAUUUGUAGCUUUAUUGGGUAUCAUUUGCUUGCUUGGUGGUCAUGUAAUCCUGUUAUUAGCGAUGCCUGUUUUGGAAAUACUAAUUAGAGAUCUCGUUGG